AUGUCUCUCGAGACUCAGCGCGAGCGUGCGACGGACCACGAUGAGUUCACGCAUUUAUGCAUAUUUAUGGCUCAACGAGUUUCGCCUGCUUUUGAUUUGGGAAAGGUCUCGUCAGAUGUCAUCGCCGCCAUGUUCACACAAGAGCGGUACGCAUUUGACAUACGGGUUGUGGAAAAAACUCGCUCAGAGUUUCUUCCCAGUAGCUUACCGAACCCCCCUCGAGGAUGUCAGAGAGAGAUUGCCUUCAUAGAACGGCUCAGUUGGGUCCUGGUCAUGCUGACUCAAGCACCCCCGUCCGUUGUCCAGCCGAGCAUACCAGAGGGAGGCCAGCCUGUUCAGCUCAAGCCAGCUAUGCUGAUGCCUUCCUAUUCGCACAACGUUGUAGACCCCUCUCCGCUCCAGGGAGCAUUGUCCGUCUGUUUCCGACUAGGCUUCCUUGAUGUGUUCGCUGUUUUCGACGAUGCCAGUCUCGUGUACUACGCUCAAAUCGUCCUUCCGGUCUAG